CGGAAGUGUUAAGACUACGUGGGGAAGAAAGGUUGGUCCAAUAUGUAUUUGAGUGAUCGUUGUUGUAAUAUCACCGGCGGGUCACUGUGCUAGUCACCCGGCCAAUUCGCGAGAGUGACCGGGCCCUUUCCCACCCCCCUCGAGGCAAAUGUUGGCACACCGGGGAGAAUAAAUGGGAGGGACGGCGCACGAUCUGUAAUGCUGCGCCGCUCGAGGGAGUAUCUCCGGCAGGCGGCGAAACUGAUGGCCCGGAGACCCGACUUGUUCUGUGGAGCCAUCCUCCUCGGUGUACUCCUCAUAUUAGCGGUCAAAUUAACCUGCAGUCGGGCGAAGAAUGUGGUGGCUCAGGCCCCGGCACCGGUGCGCUUCUUCGCGGGCGACGCCCCCGUGGUGGACCUGUACCUGGGUCAGCUGGAGCAGGUGGAGCGGCUGCGGGGGCUAGCGGACGUCUCGCUGGUCUUCUACUACGCCCCCUGGUGUGCACACUCCAUGGCGGCCCGGGACCAGCUGCAGAUAGUGGCCCAGCGCAUCGGAGACGAGGUGCUGUUUGUUGCAAUAAACUGCUGGUGGAAUCAGGGCAGAUGCAGACGGCAGAAAAACUUCUACCAAUACCCCAUCAUGCACCUUUACUACAGGAGGUUCGGGCCCAUAGACUAUAAGGGUCCCUUCACUGCUCUCUACCUAGAGAGGUUCAUCCAGAAGGUCAUCAACCCUCUGACUUACCUGCCCUCCAGGGCCGUACUCAGAGACUUCCUCUCCUACCACGAGACUGGUGUGGUGGGCUUCUUUGAGUUCAACUCCUCCCCUCAGCCUCCUGGUUACGUCACCUUCCUCUCCUCAGCCCUGCAGGCCCUCAAGAGAGAUUUUCAGGGGGUGGUGCGUUUUGGUGUGGUGACCAAUAAAGAGGUGGCGGGGGCCAUCUCUGUCCAACAGGACGAGACCGUGUAUCUCCACAGGCACUUCAACUCCUCUCUGAUCUUCCCGCGGUGGGAGCGUAACUUCACGGCGGAGGAGAUCUGCGGCUGGGUGUUCUCCCAGCGCGAGAGCCUGCUGCCCUGGCUGCCCUCCAGCGGGGCCAAGAGCCGCAGCCUGCAGCAGGAGCUGCUCAAGGGGCCGGCCCUGCUGCUCUUCCUGCCACAUGACCCGCUGCGGCCCAAUCACCCGCUGCACCACCAGAUGGCGGACAUUGCCGUGCGCUACCACUCCUGCCGCGAGAGCGACGUUCCCCCACGGACCCCAGACCCCUCUUCUUCCUCCUCAUCAUCCCAGUCCAGAGCCCCCCGUCCUGGUUCUUCUGGCCCACUCUGCUGCAACAGCCUCAUGCUUCCCGGCUGGAGCUCCGUGUCCGGUUCUGGCCAGAACGUGUGCGAGCUCUGCCUGAACCGCUCCGAGGGACCUUCGUCAACGCCUUCCUCCGCCUCCGCCUCCUCCUCCUCCUCCUCCUCCUCCUCCAACCUGUCUUCCCUGGAUGGAACAAGGACAGAGAGCUCAGGAGUCAAUGAUGGUGGGGAUGGUAACCGUGGUGACAUUGGUUACCAGGGUGGUGGUAACCGUGGUAAUGGUGGUGGUGGUGGUGGGUCGGCAGCGUCGGCGAGGUGUUCCGUUCUGGAGCUGGAGGCGGCGCUGGAGUCCUACCUGCGCCACCUGUCGGCAUCGGGCACGCGGCUCACCCAGCACGCCCAGACGCACUCGCCCCCGCUGCCCGUCCUCCUGGCCCCCACCUGCAGCCACCUGAGGAACGCUUACAGCCCCUUCAGCCACUACAGCGCCUGCUGUCGCCCCCUGCUGCACCGGCCGGGCAACUACACCUACCCAUCGACCACCAACACUACUACAACGUCAUCCUCCACGUCGUCGAACGCCUCGACGCGGCAGCCGCCUCCAGACUCCUUGAACAAGCCGCCUCGCUCUUUUUCUUCCUCUUCUUCUUCCUCUUCCUCAUCAUCCUCCACUCUGCUUUCGCCGGAGGGGGAAGCGCUUGAGGCGGAAGACUGUCCCCUGGACGGGAUCGUGGGGCUGCGUUGCCGGACCAAUAAGACGCUGCGGUUCUACCUGCUGGACUCGCACCUGCACUGGGAGCUGGCGGCGCGGCUGGGGGCGGUGGCGAAGGAGGGGAGCCACGGCAAGCACAACCGGAGCGACUUCAGCGGGCGCACCUUCGCCGCCAUCGUGGAUCUACAGGACGAGACGCACUACGUGCUGGAUCACCGGGGAAGCCUCAGAGAUUCACUAGAGCCUUUUAUCCGGAACUUCAGCACAACACACAGCCAUCUUAAGAGGCAUCUGGUGGGGGACAAAAGACCACAACUCCCACAAUCCCUCAUUCAGGAAGUGACCACUGACACCUUCCUGGAGAUCGUCAUGGACCCUAAACGGGAUGUGUUGCUGCUGUACUACACUACCUGGUGUGGAUUCUGCAGUGUUCUCAAUCAUGUCCUCAUCCAGCUGGCCCGCCUCCUGCAGUCUAACAGCAGGUUCAUCGUAGCCAGGGUGAAUGUUGCCAAUAACGACCUGCCCUGGGAGCUCAUGGUGGACCACUUCCCCACCAUCCUGCUCUUCCCCAGACACAGGAAACACCAGAGUGUGAAGUUCCCUGACGACUCGCGCUUCACCCUCCCCAACCUGCUGCGCUUCAUCCUCUCACACACCUCCGAAUACGACCACAAGGACCACACACACGGCGCCCCUACGCCAGACCAAGACCCCCAUCACCCCGGAACAACAGCGGACAGCGAUGACCCUACUUCCUUCCUCCGAUCUCCGUUCUCCAUGUCUUCCUCUUCGUCGUCCUCCUCUUCUUCUUUCUCCUCGUCCGCGUCGUCCUCCUCAUUCCACGGCGUCCCCUCUCUGCUGCAGGCGGAGGUGCGUGCCCUGCGUGGCGAGGUGCGAGCCCUGCACCGCGCCCGCGGGCGCCUGUCCGAACAGCUGGCCGCCGUGUGGCGCGAGCGACGAGCACUGGCCCUGCAGGCGCGGGCGCUAGUUACGGAGAACGGGGAGCUGAGGAGGCGAGGGGACGAGCUGGAGGAGAGGAGGAGGGAGAAGAGCCGCGAGCUGGGGGAGGCCGUCAGGAGGCUGCAGGAGCUGGCAGAGGCCUCGAAGGGCCUACUGGCGGAGAACACCGUGCUCAAGGUGCUGCUGGCGGCUCUUAAGGAGCGCAGGACAGGAGGAGGAGAAGGAGGAGGACAAGAACGGAAAGGAAUAGAGGAAGGAGGUGAAGAAGAAGAAGAAGAAGAAGAAGAAGAGGAGAUCAUCACAGAAGGAGGAACGGAUGAAGGACGAGUGGGAGGAGAAGGAGAAGGAGAAGCCGAGGAGAAGGGAGAGAUGGGAAGCCAGGGCGCUUCGUGACAAUAGGCCCAAUCUCAAUUCACCCCUUGGCCCUACCUCUUACCCCUCCCCCUCCAUUUUGUGUAGGGGUAGGGGUAUCCCAAUAGUCGUUAAGGCAGAGGGGUAGGGGUAAGGGGGAGGGCUUUGUAGCCCUCAAAAAGGAGGGGUUCGGACAGGCAGACUCCGUUUGGAGGGGUAAGGGGUAGGGGUAGGGGUAAGGGGUAGGGGUAGAAAAAUACAAUUGGGAAAGGCCCUUAGAGAGCUGGAGAAGGAGGAGGAGGAGGACAGAGGAGUUCCAGAAAUGGGGUGAUGGAUGAAGGAGAUUAGGAGAAGUGGCAUUCAAAGAGCAGGAUACGAUGGAGUAACCUGGUUCUCACGAUGGUUGUGCGAGCUCACGAAGUUUAACGAAGAUGCACGAAGCUCGAAGGGUCUGCGUGAGAGCCAGGCUAACGAUGGAGGAGAGAGAGGGAGGGAUCAGAGGAGAGAGGGAUGAAGGGACGAGUGGGAGGAGACCGAGAUGGAAAGCGAAAGAAAGGGAGAGGAGAGGUAGUCACUGGAGAAGAUGAUUGGGAGGAGGGGGAUGAAGAGGAGAGAAGAGAGGGGAUGAGAGAAACGCAGAGGAAAAGGGAUGGGAAUAUGGAAAGCCUAUAGAAGCUUUGGGACUGUGAUGAUCGGAGAUAUAGGGUGGGGGCGAGCAGGGCCUUUGGCCCUUGGCCCAGGGCCCUGCCGUAGUGGUGGUGGGGGUCCUAUUAUGACCUUGGCAAGUUGUAUAGGGGACCCGCUCUGUUUUUUUUCCCUUGGGCCCUGUGUGCAAUUGUUCCACAACUGUUGCUGAUUCUUAUUCAUUGUAAGGAGGAGGACGAAGGAGACGCAAGGGGACAACUGAGGUAAGAAAGGAGCCUUGAUGAGUGUCUACCAGCUGGUUCUGUUGCUGGUAAUUGCUGGUUGGGACAAUGGGAAAACAAGCCAGCCCAUUGACAAAAAAGGAGGCACAACAAUGAAGAGACACUUUGCCUCCACCUACUGGUGAAACCAGGGUACUGCAUUGCAUUGGCUCCUCAAGUUCCAGAUGAUGACUGACUGACGGGAUCUGAUUGUUACCCAGGAAAGGAAAGGAUCUUGAGACGGACCAGUGAGGCAAGUUUAUGUAGAACAGAGAAUCUCAAGGACUUAACUUAAAACACUUUUACAUUUUGGAUUUUGUUUUAGUAGUGUUAAUUGAUGAUUAGUCAUGGCCUUCUUACUCUGUGGCCUUAAUCACUGGAGGAGAGAAGGGCUUGUUCUCCCCGAGGAAACCAUGGCAACCAGAGCACGUAAUGGAGGACCCAUUGUGACAUCAUCGCCUUGGGGAGCAGGGCUGUGCCAUGUGGCCUUGGCGAUUUGGCCGCUAACCAAGGAACUUCGAGUGACUGGUAAACCUCCUAAUAGAAGUGUCUUACAGCUUCAUUAUUCUGGUAAUAUACAUUCAUCGGGCUCUUCUAUUAAUAGAUUUACCACCUUCUCAGAGUUAACAAAUCCAAGUAAAAAAAACAUGAAUGAUCACAGAUUGUUUUUAGAAGAUAUGGAUUCCUCUUUCUUGCCCCUGCAACUCCUUAACCACCUCACACCAUGCCAAACGAAAUCCCAAACUUAUUAGAAAACAAAUAAAUGGACACUUUUGUAGACUCUUAAUUCAUUUUUAGAACCUGAGACUUAUGUGCUUGCUUGUGUUUUUUGAGGGGAUGUAAUUUAUUGUUUCUUAGUGAUGCCAACAAGACUCUUUUUUGUUUGUUUAUUGAAUUGCCAGAUGACAGUGUUUUUUGUUUUGUUUGUUUUUAUUUUACGUUUGUCAGAGGAAAAAAAAUCUAUUUUUACACAGAUCCUCAAAUCAAUAAAAAGAGAGAGCAUUUAUUCUUCUGUAAGUAUUCAGGUAUGAAAAGCAAAAGUGCUGUUUACAUAGGUGUCUGAUGUACAGAUUUCUACUGAUUAAUAAAACAUCUUUAAUUU